CUUAUUCCAACUCGUACUUCUGUGUCGGUCUGUUCGCGUUAACGUGUGACGUAAACGUCGUAAUCGCCACAGCCAACUGAGAGAACGCGAUAUGCUGGUGCAGUCGUAACAGCUGUCCGCGUAACCGGAUUUGUUGAACCACCGGAGCCGAAAGCUCGGGGGUCGCGCUCUCCAGGAUUUCCAAACAUUUUCGCUGUUGCCGUUCCAAUGUUGACGUAGUGAACGUUUUUUAUUUUGCGUUUUUUUGUUCGUGGGGUUUUUCGUUUCGUAUAUAUAUAUGUGACAGUUGGUUGUUUUUUUUGGAUUAUUGCGUAUCUACACUACUAUCGUCUGAGAGUAUUUUUUUGAAGACCCCGGACUUGAAACAAACGCCACAACGCUGGAACAUUUAAAGCCGAUCGUGGCUUCGAUCACUACUCUCAUCGGGAACUGUGAUAGUAUGGAGGCCACUUACUGCGUCGGCAGUGACGUUGAUGUUUGCAGGAUGUUCGAUCAGUACUUAUACAAGAGAUCAGAAAACGUCGACCUAUCAUUAAGUAUACCACAGUCCAACUUUCAAGCAAACGGCUACGAUAUGGGCGACCAAACCUUUCAUACGCCAAGUUUUGGAGAUGAGGAAUUCGACAUACCAGCCAUUAACCCCCAGCAGCAACAGCACGGUCAGCACACACAACAAGGACACGGGGAACACUAUCAACCACCUAUGCAGGGCAUGCAACAAAUGAGCCAACAAAUGAACCAACAGCAAGACGCGAUGGGGAUGCACGACCCUACAGGUGGUUAUCAACAGCCCCUUUACCUAUCCGGGCCCGAUCACGGUAUGGUCAAUCAGCAGUACCAUACCCCCCAAAGUAACUAUUCAAUGAGCCCCAGUCAGCAACAACAGCACAACAAUCAGCUAUUGAUGAUCCAUCAACAGCAACAACAACAACAUCAACAGAUGAUGAUGAGUCACGGGCAGCCGCCUCCCGGCUCGAUGGGUCAGUACGGGGCUUCGCCCCAGCAUCCCCAGGGCAGGGGAAAUAGUCCCCCGGCGCCACCCGGGCAAGAACACACGACCAGUGAGGAUAGUGAUGAUAGCACGCCUCAUCCUGCUAUGAUAACUGCUAUGAAGCGGCCAAGUCCAGAACCGGCAGAUCAGACGCUGACGAAAGCCCAAAAGAAACCGAAAGUUCAAAAGAAGAAAAAGAAGCGGGAUCCGAACGAACCUCAAAAGCCCGUUUCGGCGUAUGCACUGUUCUUCCGUGAUACCCAGGCCGCAAUCAAAGGACAAAAUCCCAACGCCAGUUUCGGAGAAGUGUCGAAAAUCGUUGCAUCCAUGUGGGACGGACUGGAUUCAGACCACAAAAAUGUCUACAAAAAGAAAACCGAAGCGGCAAAGAAGGAAUAUCUUAAAGCCCUUGCGGCGUACAGGGCCAGUUUGGUCUCAAAAGGUGCUGGUGAUAGCGAAGGCGGUCCGAUAUAUGGCAAUUACGGCAACUACAGCGGCCCACCGGGUGGUUCGCCUUACGGCGGUUACCAACCGCAGGGCACAAUACCGUCACCUCCGAUCACAUCCGGAGCACCAACUCCACCUGCCCAGUCACCAAUCGGUAAAAAACCCCCACAAUUGAUGGGCAGCAUGGGGUCACCUCAGCAAGCGCACAUGAUGCAGUCACCGAUGGGCGGCCACAUGACUAUGCAGCAGCACAUCCAACAACAGCAGCAGCAACACAGUAGUUAUAUGCAACAGGUUCCUCAGCAGCAGCACAUGCCCGUCUCGCCUCAUCAGCAACAAUCUCAUAUGCAACAACAGCAACAACAGCAGCAGCAGCAGCAACAGCAACAGCAGCAGCAGCAGCACAUGAGUCCGCCUCCGUCAAUGUCGAGGAGUUCGCCCCCCGUGUCUCAGACGGGGGGCGGGCCCCCUUCGUCGCAGCCGCCGCCACCGCAACAGCAACAACAAAAUAUGAACAACGCGCAGAUGCGGCCGCCAAACCCUUGCAUACGUCACGGCUGUCCUAACUCGGCCAUCACCAGCCCCGAAUGGGAGGACGAAUACUGCAGCAACGAGUGUGUCGUCAGUCAUUGUCGUGAUGUCUUUUCAAACUGGGUGGCCGGCAACAAGAACCAAUCGCAGAACUUUUCCGCCGUCAAAUAGAUAGUAGUUUAGAUAGGGGAACGAUGCGACAACCGUCGGCAGAAUAGGAAUACGUUUAUAUUGAUAGCAAUACAUAUAAUUUGGAUAUAUCGAGGAUUUCUAAUUACGUAGGGAGUUUGCAUGACGGAAACAAAAUGUCGAUAAAUCAGUUUCGAUCGUCGGAUAUGUAAUAGUGAGAGGCUAGAGUUAUAAAUUAAACAGAACAAGAUUGUAAAUAAAAUGAUAAUCAUUUUUAGUAAAAAAGAACCUUGUGAGGUUGUAUUGACGCAAGCAAUACGAGCAAUACGAUUUCAUAGUAUUAGUUAUACAAUUAACUAUUAUAAUCCUAGCGCAUACUAUUAUUACUUGUAUAUUAUUGCCGCGAGGGGGAUCGGGUCCGACGAAUACCGUUUCUCUCACAUUCCGAUCCGUCUCGCACGGAAAAAUUGUUACGCCCAUGCCGUGUAUAUGCAUGUUGUCUUGGAAAACCAUAGUUAGAUAUGUCCAAAGUACAUAAUAAUAUUAUAAAAAUUAGUUUAUUAUAUCUAUAUAGUUAAGCCUUUACCGUUAACUCCCGUGAUUGUUUCUUUUGUCGGAGGUGAGCGUCGACGAAUAUGAAAAAACUUUUUUUUUAGUUUUGAAUUUAUGUCGCAACAAAAAACCAUCUAUGAUGUGCAAUGUUUUCUUUAUAUAACAUUAGUAUUAAUUUUUCGUUGUUUUGAUCCCAUUGUAAGUAGUAUCAAUGAUUACUUGACUUUCGAACUUGGUAAAAUUCGGAUUUUUUCGCUUUUUUCUAGAGAUUAAAGGGUUUAUUUUACAAUUUGUGUCUUUUUUUUAUCGUUGAAUAAACUUUCCACAACAGCCACAUAAAAAUUACGUUUUAAAGCGAGGCGACGGCAACGAUGAGACAAAAAGAUGGAAAUGGGGGAAAAUGGAAUAACAACCAACUGAAUAUUAAUUGUAAUUGUACAAACAAACGUAAGUGAAUUUGUCGCCAAUUUUUUAUAUGCUGAUAAUUAAUUAUCCAUUUCAAAAAAUUGGGGAAAAAUACUGGUUGUUGUUAUUCUUGACUUGUCAACGCACGUUAGAAUCAAUACACUUAUGAAGCGAUAAGUCAAUGCUACAUUUUAAAAUACUUAAAAUGUAAUUUUUCAUAUUUGCAAAUUAAGGUCCCUUGAUGUUGAUAAAAUCAAACCAAGAAAUGCCAGACUCAGUCGAUGGUAUCAAGAUUGCUUAUAGGACGGGUUAAAAGAUUUUGCGUUAUUUUUAUCCAUUUUUAUGAAAAUCUAUUAGCGAUAGGCUAUGAAAGGUUAAUGUGAUAAAGAAUAGAAAGGUGUAACUGAAAACUGUAACUUAACAAUAAGUUUUUUACCAAGUUCGACAAAUUAAAAUCUGUAAAAAAUAUAAAUACGCAACUUUGUAAAUAUAAAUAUUUUUUUGUUAGUAGGACCCAAAGUGUGUCUAGAAGACAAUGUUUCAGUCCCACUUCCUCACAGUCCCGUUUACGUGGCAAAAGUUUGAAUGCAGUAGAUGUCUACGCAACACGUAGUACGUACAUGUGUGAUAGUAUACAGGGUUGAGUUUAUGAUAAUCAAUAAAAUAAGGAUUUUUGAGGGAUAAAAACCCUGAUUUAAACUCGACUAUGUUCUUAUUUUUUCCAUUGCUAACGACGACAUAUCAACAUUCCUGCAUGGCAGCGUGAUCACUAGCACAAAAAGACUUUAAUUUUGUCAGACAAUAUUUUAGUACUGCCAAAAGUUUGGUAACCGCUGUAGGUGCAAAUAAUUCGAGUUCAACAGUGCAGAGCAAAAAAUGGAAAUAUAAUUAAGAGUAUUUGAGUAAAACUUUAAAGUUGUUUAGACCGAAUUUCACUCAUAUAAUGAUUUAAUGUAUGAAUUAUUAUUCUAUAUUUGUUGUAUUUUUUAAUUCCACUUGUUUAUGGCAGUUAACUGUAUUUUUAAACCAUAUAUAAUUAAACUUGAAAUGUUUCCUUCUACAAAACAGUUACCAAACAUGCACGAAGUUUUAGCAGUAUUACACUUAUUUGGCGAUUUAAAAAAACGCGUUUCUGAAAUUGGAAAAUUGUCUUGAAUAAAGCAAGAAAAAGACGCUUUGAAAAUUAUGUUGGCUGUAACGUAAACCGGACUACCAAAUUGUGUUAUUCCGUUUUGUUGUACAUAGAUUCCUUGAGACUAGUGUGUAGUACAAUUAUUUUUAUAUCAUUGACCAAUCAAAGUUACGCUUUUUUCGUCGGUGUAUAUAAAUUUGCCGUUGUUACUUUUAUUGUUAUCGAUGUGAGCAAAACCGUAUACAUUUUUGCGCGAUCAUCCCCUAGUAUUAAAAUACGUGGUGAAGGAUGUAUAUUUGUGAAUAUUUUUUAACGAGUUGUUAAAAUUAUUCGGCGCGAGCCGGUCGAUUUCGCGCAUGGACGGCGAAAAUUAAUUAAGUGCCAACAAAGUAUUCAGCGUGGUUCCUGAUUUAGGAGGGGAAUUCGAUUGGCUCGGCCUGGGCAUAGAAUUGUCUAAAAUAGUACGUAAUUGAUCUGAUUCCUGGCUGUCUAGUGACGUUUUCCAUUUUAAAAUCACCACUUAGAGACUGUUCGGAAGAGGUGUUUUGUAAGAAUUGUAUAAACAUUUAAGUAGUUAAGGUACGAAAUGAUUAUCGAGAUUUACAAUUUUUUUUAUACUGGGUUCGUGUUGAAUGGGAAGAAAGGACUGGGACAAAUCGAGGAGGCGCAAGUCUCGAACUUUUAAGUAAAAUUAUUUAAGUACAUACAAUUUUACGUUUCACUAUUACAUUGUAAAUAACAUGAUAUUUUAUCUUGGCAAGCACACAACCUAUACUAUGUAAUCAAUUAAU